GGAGCAGAAGGUGCAGGAAAUGCAACAAUAAGCUGGACGCCAACCACCGUAAAAUAGCAAGAAGAAGAAGUAGUAGUAGUAGUCAUGGAAAUGAAGCCCAUAGCUCUAACUCUUUUAGUUAUAUAUGGUCUGUCUGGUGUUGAUACAGAUGCAGUGUCAGUGAUGGAGGGAGAUUCAGUCACUCUACACACUGGUGUUCAAACAAACCAGCAACAAGAUAUUAAAUGGUAUUUUAAAGACACUCGCAUCGCUCAGAUCAAUGGAAAUCUCAAUAAGUCCUGUACAGAUGUUCAGUGUAAAGAUGGUGAUGAGAGAUUCAGAGACAGACUGAAGCUGGAUAAUCAGACUGGAUCUCUGACCAUCACAAACACCAGGACAUCAGACUCUGGAGAAUAUAAACUAUAUAUCAGCAGCAAUAACAUUGAAAAGAUCUUCAGUGUUGCUGUUCAUGGUGUUUCUGCUGCUGAACGAGAUGCUGGGAAGAGAAAGACAGUGAAGGAGGGAGAAUCCGUUACUUUAGAUCCUGGAGAAGGAAGAAACCCAAGUGAUGUGAUGACGUGGUAUUUUAAUGACAUUCUCAUCGCUGAAAUCAGUGGAGAUCAGAGUCAGAUCUGUACAGAUGUUCAGUGUAAAGAGAGAUUCAGAGACAGACUGAAGCUGGAUCAUCAGACUGGAUCUCUGACCAUCACACACACCACAAACACAGACUCUGGGGAAUAUAAACUGCAGAUCAACAGCAGCUUCAGCACUCGUCGUCGUCGCCGCAGCAUCACCAUUGUGAAGAGCUUCAAGGUUGCUGUCAUUGCUGGUCCAGAUUCAGGUCUCUCUGGAGGUGCUAUAGGAGGAAUAAGUGCUGCUGUUGUGGUAGUCGCUGUUCUGAUGAUCAUUGCUGGAGCAAUAAUAAAAAGCAUCAGGGAAGAAGCACAGUGAUCAGGUGCCGGUUGCACCAGCUGAAUGUAAAAAAGGCGGGUCUAAGCUCUACACUGGACUUAGUCACAUCCAGCUUUCCAAUUAAUAUAUACACCUGUUACACCAUAUAAAACUACGAGUAGGCACAGACAUGUUUUACCGUGCUGAUAGGGGAGAUGCUGUUAUCGUUACUAUGGUUACACAUUUAUUUGCUGCGACGAAUAGAUGAAAAAUGACUGCUGAGUCGGAAAAAAAGAAAAUAAAAUGACUCCGAUUGAGCUAUUCAGUAAUUAUUUACAUAUUUUGGUGUGCCAGCAUUGGCAUAAAAUCGAAGAGAAAUGAGCUCCUGCAGCGCUCCGUUCCCCUCCAUUAAGUUUUGUCACUUCAGUGCGUAAUUUUAACAAUUCAACUCUGCUGAAAUGAAAAUGUUCAAUAAGUUAUCUAUCUCUAUAAUGUAUGCAGAGGAUUGACGUGGUCUCUAAUUACUCUUUCACGCUGGAAAGCCUACUGAUUGUGCAGCCUUUAUAUCAGACGCGCCAUUGCCAUUAGUCCACCAUGUAAACAACAAGAUUUCUCACUUUAUACCUACCUUUGACUAGGCGUAAGAUACGCACUGAUGGUGCAACAGGUAUUAAUUCUACGCAGGACUUAAAAUGCAUUUUGCGUUAAGUUCGGUCUUACAUCCGCGUGUACGUCCAGCUGGUGCAACCGGCCCAUGGAGAUAUACUUUUGAGCAUGAACACUGAGUUUACAACAGACUGACGUAUGAGAAGUUAACUUCAUAAAUAUAAUAACUGUCUAUUUAUGACUUUUUACUUUAGAAUGAAGAACUGUGGUGUGAAUAUUUUUUUAAUAUUAUUAAAUUAUAAUUAUUUAACAUAGGAUGCUAUAACAUUAAUGCACCCUCUGAAUAGUCCUUUUUUUAAUCACUAUGGAAGCACAACUUGGACAGUGUCAAAAAAAACCCCCCACAAAUUAAUAGCCAGAUAAAUGAAAUGACACAAAUAUUUACAUUUACAAAGCAGCCUUCUCCGGUGUCUAUUUUUUUGUGUAACUAAAAGCAUUAAUCCUGAUAAUGAAUCUGUAUUUUCUUCCAGAAGAGUGGUGUUAAAUACCUCCAGUCUCUGAAUCUCCCGAGAUAAGCCAUUCGUACUCAUGAGCCAUUGUGCCGACACAGGAAUGCCAAGUAUCAGCAUUUUUGUAGCCAUAUUUUGUUUUUAGAUUGCGAGUAUUAUGCAUAUACUUAAAGGUAUAUUUCACCCCAAAAUUAAAUUAGCCAAUGAUUUACUCACCCUGAAGAA